AUGUGGGCACACGAAUCCAUCCACCUGUCCACGUGCACACGUGAAUGUAGCAAUAGAUAUUUGGACAUCAAAUUUGGACACCAGGUCACGGAGAAACACAAACACCACCCAGGAACACGCAGACAUAUGCCCAUAGCAUCCCACAGGCCCAGGCAGGAGGUCCCACCCCAGACCCCGCCCCAGACGCUCCCUCACCCUCUCGGCCCCCUCGCCCUGGCCCCCAGGUUCUCUGCAGAGAUCUCUCCUGGACCCCCAGCGGUCUCCUUGGCGCCCACGAACACAGGCGUGCACACGCAGCGCACAUGCAUUGAGACACACGAUACCUCGUUCCACCUUGGCGUCACGGUGGGCUGGAGGCAGCCCCCCCCCACACAACACUUGAGGCCAAAGGACACCCCUGUCCCCGGGGCUCAACCUCCCCCUGGGCCGAGGCCUUGGCCCACGCAGCUGAGGGAGAGGCCCAGCCCUGAGCCUCCCCCACCAGGACUGGGCCUCCCCGGCAGCAAGACCCCGGCACUCCCCGCCAGGCCCAGGGUGGGGUGGAUGGGCCCAAAGGCCCAGCCCCACACUCCUUUCCCGUCCACUUGUCACCUACCUAUCCCCUUUCGGUUUGUUGGGUUUUUCGUCUUUCCAGAUUGCAGUGGACACAGCCCCCGAUCUCGAGCCCCGGCCCCCGGCUUCUGUUUGGACAUUGCAUCGCCCUAG